CCCUGGCGGAAAUAAGCUGCGAUCGAAAAGGGCCCUUGUGGAGUAUUUUCGUAAAAGUGGGGAGACAUCGCUGAAAGUGGAAGAUUUUGAUUUUACAGUCCCUAAUGGGAGGAGGAGGAGAUGUUUGAGGGUGAAAAGCUACAGCACAAAAGGCACAAGAACUGACUCAGAGAAUGAGGAUCCUCACAGUCAAGUGCAAGGCCUGCGAAAUGGUGCAGAGGAUGGAAUUCAAGAUGUUCAGACUGGAAACGAGCACCUGGCAGACGCUCCGCAUUAUUUCUUUACAGAAGAGUCUAUCCCACGGACACAAGUGGAUAGGAGGAAAACAAGUCCAUAUUUUUCAAGUAAAUACAGUAAAGAAGCUCCCAGCGCACCUAGAAGGAAGGCCUUCAGAAAAUGGACUCCUCCGCGUUCUCCUUUUAAUCUGAUCCAAGAAACACUUUUCCAUGAUCCAUGGAAACUUCUCAUUGCAACCAUAUUUCUCAAUAAAACUUCAGGUAAAAUGGCAAUUCCUGUGCUCUGGAAGUUCCUUAAGAAAUACCCUUCUCCUGAAAUAACCAGGACUGCAGACUGGAAAGAGAUGUCAGAGCUGCUCAAACCUCUUGGCCUCUAUGAGCUCAGAGCAAAAACGAUCAUCAAGUUCUCAGAUGAGUACCUGAGCAAGCAGUGGAAGUACCCCAUCGAGCUGCACGGCAUUGGCAAGUACGGGAACGACUCCUACAGGAUCUUCUGUGUCAACGAGUGGAAGGAGGUACAGCCACAGGACCACAAGUUAAACGUGUACCACACAUGGCUCUGGGAGAACCGGGACAGACUGAGCAUAGGCUGA